GUGGAAGGUGCAAAACAAGGCAUUGUCGUGGCUGGUGGUCAAGGACAAGGAAAUGGUCUUACACAAUUGUCUUGUCCUCAAGGAGUCGUUGUCGAUCAAUUGGGCACUGUCUAUGUGGCUGAUGCAAGGAAUGAUCGAAUCAUGCGUUGGCCCAAAGGAGCCACACAGGGAAGUGUCAUUGUUGGUGGAAACGGUAGAGGAGAACAAUCGAACCAACUCAAUUGGCCCUUCGGUUUGUCAUUCGAUCGACACGGCAAUCUCUAUGUCGUCGAUUGUGGAAAUCAUCGAGUACAAAGAUUCGACCUUCAAUCAAAUAAAUAA